CCAAAAUAAUAGCGAAAGUUGUUUGCAGUAUUUAGGGGAGGGAGUAAGAACAUCGAGGUAGUAGUAGACGAUCGCUAAGUAACAAGACACCAGCUCAGAGUGUGGUUUUUGAGAUUCAACUUCUUGAGGGGUUGUAUUUGAUAUUGAUUUACUUAAAUCUGUUUGUCACUGUGUAUUUUUGACGACCACACGGACACGUGUGUACCUUAUUGUAUUUUUAACGUCCGAAAGCGGCACAGCUUGCAUCUUCAAAAAUAUUGCUGCAAUAUGUCCCCGCUCAUGAUGGCAGCUACCGGUCGCAGCGGCUCUGGAACCAUACUCGAAACUUAGACUCCCAAACGCUCCCAGUCCGAAGCCAUGCGUGACUCCAUUCUCGGGCGCAGUUUGCAGUUGCAGAAGGAGAGUGGUCACCAGAUUAGUAAUCGCCACACGUCGGCAAGUACGAACUUGAAUUCUUCCUCUUCCUCGCCCAAGAAAAGCAAAAAGAGUUCGCAGAGGAGCAAGGAUCAUAGUUCAUCCAGUUCUAAAAUGACCACUGCCGGAGCGUCGUACGAAAGCUCUAAGCAUCAAAGUGGGGCCGCCGCGGUGGACCACUUGUCCGCCACGGCUGCGAACCAGUUGGUCCUCCCUGUGCAGCCGCAUUCCUGGGUGGCACCAGAUGGAAAUAACAGCAACAUCGACAAUUCAGUCGGUUCCUCCGUAUCAAAUGUAAAAAUGUCUGGGUCUGGAAGAAUGCAUGUUUGUCAUGCUUGUCUGGCAUGACUGUUAAGUCUGUCAUGCACGUUGCCCAAGAGUCGCAUUUUUCUGUCAUGCGGAGACGCAAUUUGUCACGCAGAAUAGGCAACACCUACAAGCUCAGAAAUUUGUCAUGCUGAGCCAGCACUUGUGGCCUCCUCAUGCUACGCCACUCAGCAUCACAACUUUCCAGACCGAGACAUUUUUGCAUUUGAUACUCCGAGAACUACAACAAUAUUGAUCUCCACACCGACAGCAGCCGCUCUUCGCCGCUGCCGCACCAGGUGCUCAGCCCGGUGGAGCUGGAGCGGAGCCGGGACAGCAGCAGCAACGCCGCGAGUCGAAACAGCGGCAAGAACUCGAACGGAACGACGUCUAAUAUGUUGAACACUUCUACCGCACUGCACAGCAACUCCACGGCCGCCACGACUGCCUCUAGUACAACGACUACAGGAGCUGCACAAAACCACAGCUCCCAGCAUGCCCCGACAUUGAUGGAAGAUGUCGUGGACGACGAGCCGCGGUUGCGAAGUACCAACCGGACCAUGAGUGGCGGCAGUGUGAAGCACUCGUUUCUGUCGAACAGCAUCGCGCAGCGGCCCAGCGCGCACAACUCCAUGUCCCCGGAAGUGGGUAGUGCGGCGGGCCGACCGAGUGGAAUCCUCAAGUCCACACCCGGCCGCGUGUCUGUGCAGACCAACGCCCGCUCCACGCCCACAGUGUUGUGGCGGGACGAGGAAUGCUCGAGCAGAGACGUACAUUUUCUACGUAUCAUAGAGUUUUUUGUUUGCCUACCGUGCUCGUGCUGCGGUCGCGCAACAAAAAAGUACGUAACGAAAUGACUUUCGCUUCUCCUUCUUGAAGAGUUGUCUCCAUCAUCUCUUAGAACAUCGAAUCCAAAAAUAACCACAAAACUCAGCUCGACAGCGUGCAGGAGGUGGAUAGCUGGAAAGACAUCAACAAGCGACUGUUCGAGGGGGCUCCGGCUGGCAGUGGUGGCUGCUGUGCAAUCAUGUAAAAACGAAUCAGCGGAUGGGUUUAUUCUCUUUUUUGCAUCACGAAAAUGAAUAGGUACACUGUAAAAACUUGAUGGCUUGCAAUAGUUUUCUAUUACUACUUGUUGUUGAUCUUUUCCUUAUUCCCCCACGUCUUGUUUCCGAAGCCUACCUGACUGGAGUCUGUACUCAGUACGCGUGGAGAUGAAAUUACGGUAAAAGGUGCUGUCGAAAUCUUUUCGUGCAGCAGCUUCUACCAUACCUACCUUAUGCAACCAACGUACCGCUUCUGCGUCCUACCUCGAGCAAUUUUGACACCACUCUCGCCUCUCCUCUGUUGUAUAUGCUGUAAAAAACUUUUGCUGUUUUUAGGUUGCAGAUUAAUGCAUUUCUCUCAACAUCAUAAUAUGUGCUGGUCUACGAUUAUGUCUAGGCAGCUUGUAUUAACGUCAAAGUGCUCGUUUGCAUGUGCAGGCGAAAUGUAUGUAGUAUUUGAAAGAGUAGGCGUAGUCACGUUGAGCUUUUGAAUGCGUUAUUGAUUCAUCUUGUUUGUCAUCUAUUUUCCCUGUACUUUUUACACUUGCAGUUUCCUACUUGUGACUUCAAUCUCCGACGCCUCAUAAGAUUUGAUAUCCGCAUAUUGAUUACUUUUUUAACUAUUGACAAAAGUCAAAAAAAACAUCAUUUUUCUCCUCUAUCGACGGCACCAGCUGUUGAGAACUCAAUCAGCUGCCGUUAGUCUGUAUACCCCUAGAGGCCAUCAGUGUUGCAGAUUUCAAGAGACUGAUUCGUGUGCGUUUGCUACAGAAAAGUGUUGUUUAUGAGCAUUUCCAUUGUAAAGUUGUGAGUCUUUUCAUAACGAACGCCGACUAUUGACACAAAUGCACCAGCCACAAUCCACUUCGAAAUCACUGCAAUACUCCACUACCUGAAGAUAAAAACCUGCCACCAUGAUUUUUUCUAGAACAUAGUGAGUGUAGAUUAGACCAGUCUAGAAGUUUUUACAAAAUUGCAGCUUCGCCGCGCCGCCACGCAUUAAUACUGGAAUAGAAUCGACGAGAUGCUGCAUUACACAAUGGUUUGAUGACUCAAGUUGUCUUUUUACGCAAGAAUUGAUGUGAGCAUUCAACAUAACCAACUACAUACUCGGGCUGAUGACUCUCUGAAAGUUCGAUUUUCAAUGUCACAAAUAGACAUUUUGCUGCUUCAUCAGCAUCGCGAUUCGUGAUUUGAAAUUGAAAAUUUAGGGGUAGUCACACUUUUAGGCAGUUGUUGUAUCAUUCAAAAGCAUUAU